ACCCUCCGGGAGAAGAUGCUGCCUUGUUGUUACAAAAGCAUCACUUACAAGGAACAGGAGGACCUGACUCUCCGGCCCCAUUGCUGCCUCCCGUGCUCCUGCCUCCCGUGCUCCUGCCUCCAGUGCUCCGAGUCCCUAGGAGGCCCCCAGGUGGGUAGGAGCACUGCACAGGAAAAAGACCACAGCCAGCUUAAAGAACUCUAUUCAGCUGGGAACCUGACAGUGCUAUCAACUGACCCCCUGUUUCACCAAGAUCCAGUUCAGUUAGAUUUCCACUUUCGUCUUACGCCCCAUUCCUCUGCUCAUUGGCACGGCCUUCUGUGUGACCACCAACUCUUCUUGGAUAUCCCAUAUCAGGCCUUGGAUCAAGGCAACCGAGAAAGUUUGACAGCAACACUGGAGUAUGUGGAGGAGAAAACCAAUGUGGACUCUGUGUUUGUGAACUUCCAAAGCGAUCGGAAGGACAGAGGCGCCCUGCUACGAGCUUUUAGCUACAUGGGCUUCGAGGUGGUCAGACCAGAUCAUCCUGCCCUCCCUCCCUGGGACAAUGUCAUCUUCAUGGUGUAUCCCCUUGAAAGGGACCUUGGCCAGCCUGGCCAGUGAGCCUCCCUAAACAUGUUCCAUCUCUGUGAGGGGUUGGAAACCUCAACACACGGGACUCUGGGGCCCAGGAUGUGAUUUAAGACACUUCCAUCCUAGGAAAUAAAGGGUAGUGCAAUCAAAGUGUUUGUUGUUUCUUGGGGGAAGGGACUGUUGGAGGAAUAUAACUCUUACACAGAUAAAUACAUUGCAUGACAUAAGAUCUAAGAAAACCGGAGGAAUCUGAGUCAAACAUGGGAGGGCUUCCUUGGCCUUCUCCUUACUCCUAAACCAUUUUUUCCAUUCUCAUUUACUGAGCAUCUGCCAUAAUAAAUUUACUAGUCAACUAGAAGUUCAGAAAGACCAAACCUUGCUAGGAUGCAUUUGUGUAUUUCAACUCAAACUGGAAACAUAUGCCAAUUGCUUCUCUUUGGAUGUGGAGAAAACCAGAGCAAGUACAUACAUCCUAAGGGAAGAAUUAUAAGAGAUAACAAGAGAGCAUUUCAGACAAGUACUGGGAAAAUGGCAGUGGAUUCACAGCAUGAGAUAUAAACUGACAAGACAUAAUGAGCACAUUAAAAAAAUAGGGGUUUUGAGGGGGAGAGGAACAAGGUGUCAUGUAGCUCAGGCUGGCCU